AUGGGUGAAUUAAUUGUGUUGGAAGACGAUGUUUUGGAACUGGACCGAUACAGGAGAGUCCGAUUGCUAAUGGAUGUGACAAAACCAUUGAGACGAUUUCAAAAAAUCAUUGACAAAAACAAGAAGGAGGUGACUAUUGAAUUUGCAUAUGAACGGUUACCGUUCUUCUGCUUUGCUUGUGGCAUAAUGGGACACACUAAGAAGGAUUGUUCCAAUGUGACUAAAGAUGAUAAGGAAAAAGGCUUAGGGACGAAUGAAAAUUAUCAGAAUUCCGAGAAGGAGAGGAAUGCAAAUAGUGAGCAGAGUGAAGGUUUACUUCUUGAUAAUGUGGGGCAUAAUGAUGUAAUAGGGGUGGAGAGUGGGCUGAAAAUGAAUGCAGAGAUAGAGUGCUCUCUGUUUGACAAAAAUGUGAGUAAUGUGACCACUUUUGUGUUGGGACCAAAAGACACUGGAGAGAGUAAUAAAUUGGGCAAAAAAGUGAGGAGGGUGGAUAAGAAGAAAGCACUGGAAAAAGAUGGUGAGGAAGGGCCCUACUAA